AAAAGAAAAGCAAAGUGGUAGAGACUAACCAGGAUUCACUGACUCCAAAAGUAAGUUACAAAAAUGACGUUUCAUGUGAUAUAAUGUCAGCAAGAAGACUAUUAUAUGGCAAUACCCCAAAAUCAAAGGCAGGUCAGCAUAUGGCGACCUCUGAAUUCGUUCAUGAAAGUGACAGUUUUGCUACUCUGUCUAGUCUAGUUGUGAAAUUGAAUGAUAACAUAGCUGGCCUAAGUGACAGUCUAAAUCAAAGAAUCGACCGACUAGAGGACACUCUAGAGGCUAAAAUUGUACAUAAGAUAGCCAGUAUAUUUGAUAAAAGGAUUAACGUUGAAAUGAAUAAGGUAAAAAAGGAUUUUGAGUCAAAGAUUCAGUACUUAAAAGAUGAGAUAGCAACAGACAUGAAAAUUAUUGAAGAGAAAGUCUCCGAACUUAAAGAUAGGGUAAAUGAAGGUGAAACUUACUGUAAUAAGCAAUCCCUUAACAUUGUUAUUCGAGGUCUACAGUAUCAUGAUGGUGAAAACGUGAAUACGAAGGUAAAUAACCUAUUUAAGGAUGGUGUUUGCCUGCCUAAUAUAAGGGUCGUCAAUGCUAUUCGAAAAUCAACUGACUCCAGAUCAAAACCAGGGCUAAUCAUUGCAACCUUCCAGACAGAGGAUGAUAAAAAUAAGGUUCUUAAACAUAAAAAGAUGUUAAAAAACUCUAAUCAAUAUAAACGUGUUUUCAUAGAUAGAGACUUACCGGCAAAUGAGAGGACUCAAAAUAACAAUUUGCGCACUCUUGUCAGGUGUCUACGCGAUCAGGGCUAUGAUAUUAAAUUACAUGGCAAUAAGAUCUUUGACAAUGCCUCUGAGAACAACCGACAUAAUUACACAAAACAAUCUGACAGUAGUCGCCCGGAUGAGUAUUCGAAACAGGAAAGUGGUCAUUCCAGGAAGAAUUCUAUUGGACAGGAUUAUGAUAGGAAUUCAAGAAAUACUAGCAACAGAGAUAGAAGUGACUAUAGUGGGAAUAACCAUACAAAUUUUAAUAACCAAUAUAAAAGAAAUGACAGACUUGGUUCUUUUUCAGGUAGACAGGACAGUGAUUAUGCUAGAAGUAAUUUGAAUAAAAAUCGAAGGGAACAGCGUAACAACCGACAUUAAUUAUCAGCAGGUUUCUGGAAUGUUCGAGGGUGGUGCAAAGAUUCCUCUUCAGACAAUUUUACUUUAAGAAACAAUUGUAUACAAUAUUUAGAUUUAGACAUCAUAGGUAUAUCAGAAACACAUUUAUUGGGUAAUGAUACUAUUGAGCUCCAAAACUAUACAUGGUUUGGGCAAAAUAGAAAAAAUAUACACACAAAAGCAUGGCAUGGCUCAGGUGGAAUAGGUUUUUUAAUUAAAACUGACUUAUUAUGUGAAUUUGAUAUUUCAAUUUUAAACAAUGCUCAUGAAGGUAUACUUUGGUUAAAAAUGAUUCAUAGAUUUUUUGAUUUAACUCUUUGUCCAUGUGUAUGCUAUCUUCCUCCGAAAAAUUCAACACGUUGUGUCGAUGGUUACUACUUUUAUGACUUAUUAUUGCAAGGAAUUUAUGAUUACCAAAAUGUAGGUCUGGUCAUG